GUAUGUCCGCAAGCACUGGAUAUUCAGUAUCGUUCCAACGAAGUGCUCAGUCAUUCUCGAUUCGCUAACAGCUUCACAGCGGUCACACCGUCUUCUAUUUUUACAAGAGAUCAGAGAUUUACUAUUACGAGAACAUGCCGACGUAUAAGCUAAUAUAUUUCAAUGUUACCGGCCUUGGGGAAUCAAUUAGGUACAUGUUAAAUCAUCUUGGCGUUAAAUUUGAGGAUGUUAGACUCAACUUCGAUGAUUGGCCGAAAUAUAAACCAAACAUGCCCAUGGGACAAAUACCAGUUUUGGAGAUUGAUGGGAAGCAAUAUCAUCAGUCUAGAGCCAUUGGUCGGUACAUCGCCAAGAAGGGCAAUUUAUAUGGCUCUGACGAACUCGAAGCCAUGGAGAUCGAUGCCACUGUUGAUUCAAUGGACGACAUAAGACAAGCUCUGUCUCUUUAUUAUUGGGAACAGGAUCCAGCCUCCAAAGAAAAACUCAAGGAAACUGCUUUCAAAAAAUUGCCUUUCUAUCUCGACAAGUUCGAGAAUCAAGUCAAGAAGAAUGGCGGACACUUUGUCGGUGGCAAGCUCUCUUGGGCAGAUUUCUUGUGGGCUGGAUAUUGUGAUUAUCUGAGUUCUAUCGUGGCCGGAGAUCCGAACAAGGAUCAUCCUGAAAUGAAGAAGUUAAUGGAGAAAGUUCGCGCUUUACCCAAUGUUAAAGCCUACCUCGAGAAACGACCCAAGACGCAAUUGUAAAUAAAACGACUUAUAAUUUUGUACUCUUUCUUUCAUUUGCUAUGCAUUGAUAUUAGGUAAUUAGUCUCCCUUGUUUUGUAUUGUAAAAGAGAAGCUUGCUAAUGUGUCAUUUUUAAACAGCUUUAAUUAGUUUCUUCACAAUCUACCUAACAAUCAUGAUUAUUACGCAACAAGUAGAAGCUAAUAUUCUGAACUAAAUUUAACAAUAAAUCUUUCCAGUAUAAUAUAAACUAAUAUUAUUACGUAACAAAUACAGAAAGGAAAUAAAAUGUUUUUUAUUCAUUAAAA